AUGUCCACCUCCAUAGCGCACAAAAAGCGCCGUCUCCGAAGCGACUACAUCUACCACCAAACGCACCGAACAAGAUGGUUCGACAACGACAUGUACGCCCACCUCAACAACACAGUCUACGCCAUGCUCUUCGACAGCAUAAUAAACACGUACUUAAUCACGCACUGCGGAAUGGAUCCCUUCACGCACAACAACCCCACACUUACUACACCUGACCCCUCCUCUUCCUCCUCCACCUCCUCUUCCACACCAUCCAAAUUCAAAAGCAACCAAGUCGGGAUAAUGGUCUCCUCCUACUGCGACUACUUCUCCUCCGUCUCAUUCCCAGAUAUACUAGACCUGGGGCUGCGGGUCACGAAGCUGGGGAAUAGCAGCGUGACGUAUGAAGUCGGGGUGUUUAAGGAAGGGGAGGACGAGGUCAAGGUUGUUGGGGGGUACACGCAUGUGUUUGUGGCGAGGGAGACGAUGAGGCCGACGAGGGAGGGGAUGGAGGUGGGUGUUAGGAGGGGGUUGGAGAGGUUGCUUGUGAGUGAUGAUACUGCUGUUGGUGGUGGUGGUGGGAAGGGGGCGAAGUUGUAG